UGUAACCUCUGUUGCAAUCACGACGUUCGUGCGAUCGCCGCGUAGACAAUGAACACGCGGUUUUAAAAAUACGAAAAGUUACUAGAAUUGUACUUUUUAUUUCGUAACGAAUGUUAGAAUUUGAAAAAAAUUUUGUUCGGUAUUAUGGAAAUUGAAAUUAAAAAUAAUUGAUCGAUAUUAGUUUGUUGUUUUAAAUUGAAUCAAAAUGGUUUUAGUAUUAAAUGGAGUUUUACAGGAAGAUUGUCCACCCGAUUCCAGGUCAUUGUAUCACACUCAUCCUAUCUACAGAGAAACUGCAGCACAAUUAUUAAAUGUUCCUAAUAAAAUUAUAGGCACUGUGGGACUACUCUACGUCCAACAGAGGGAGUUGGCUGCUACUGUACCCCAUGAUAAGAAUGUCAGCAUUCUUGGAGCAGAUGAUGUUACCACCUGCUUGAUAGUGGUUGUACGCCAUUCUGGUUCUGGUGCUGUAGCUAUGGCUCACUUGGAUGGAUCCGGAACUGAUGAAGCAGUUUGUACAAUGGUUCAGCGAGUCCAGGAGCUAGCUUUAGGAUAUCCUGAAGGACGAAUAGAGCUUCAAUUAAUAGGAGGAUUCAAUGAUCCACGACAUUAUUCUGAUGAAAUAUUUUUUAACGUCAUAAAUUCAUUCCACAAGCAUCCGAUUGAAAUCGACCUAACUCUGGCAUGUACGGGAGAAUUGAAUACGACUAUUAGAGGUGGAAUUCAUUGGCCCAUAAUUUACGGGGUUGGCGUUAACGUGAAAACCGGCGAAAUCUUUCCCGCUACUUUUCCGGAUAAAGGUCCAGAUCAUUCGUUAAGAUGUGCCAGACAUCUCACUGGAGUGCCACAGGUUCUCGAUAUAUACGACUGUGUUUUAGGACUAUUAAGAAUAGGUCCGUUCAAUUAUGAACCACUGAGAGGCGUUGACUUAUGGUUAGAACAAACUGACGACUUUAUCCUACAGCAUUUGUCCACUUCGCCAGAAGUUGAACCACCCCAUUUUGUAAUGCAGAUCAGAGCCACACUGAAAUAUAUUCAAGAAAACCAGUUUCCUGCUGUGACCGUCUUCAGAGACAAUCGUCCCCGUUAUUACAGAAGAGACGAACAUUCGGGCACGUGGACUCCAAUUAGAUAUUAAUGAUUCAUUGAUGUAUCUAUUGUUUACUUAUUUGUUGCUUUUUAUUGAUUUUUUUUACGAUCGCUAACGGAAUACAAGUUUGUUGUAUUGUAAUUAAUUUGCAAAACUGAAUAGGGUAAAGUAAAACUUUAUUAGCCGA